CUGUGGACGGUGGCUGCCGAGAAUUUGAGAAGAGUAACUUUAUUAGUGGACAAUGAGGACGCUGCUUGUGCUGUAUCUGUGUGUGUAUGUCGUAUGGGCCCAGGGUAAUCUGGAAUUUGACGACGACGACGACGAUGACGACGACUCGGACAACAAGAGCCCGUCAGCUAAUGGGACAGCCCUACCAGAGACUAUAGAUGCUCGUGGUCACCGUCCACUAGAAAAGGCCAGGGACACCUACAACCCUAACCGCUAUGCCCCGCCUCCUAUCAGUGGUGGCAGCAGGUAUCGUGGCCGUCCCACCCCAGCUCCAGUCGGAAGAGCACAGUCGCAGGAGAAGGAAGAGCAGCCUGAAGCUGGAGGAUGCACACAUGCCUCAGAGGAGAUGGGUGUUUUGUGUCCCACUGGCUGCGAGCUGAAGACCGCACUGCUGAAGCAAGAGAGGAACGUCAAGAUCAGCAUUAAUGAACUCAAGCCUCAGGUGGAUGAUUUGUCCCGAGCCUCCAACAACGUCUACAACUAUGUCAACAACAUUCAUAACUCUCUGAGGGAGAGGCAGAGAAUUGUCACUGACAACAGCAGGGUGGUGACGGAUUACACUGAUCGAGUGGAGGAACAACAUGCCUACAUCAAGGAGACGGUGGACACUGUCUUCCCUUCCAACAUCAGAGUGCUACAGGGGGUCCUGGACAAGAUCAGGUUGAAGAUCCAGAAGCUGGAGAAGGCCAUCCAGGCCCAGAAGGAGGAGUGCAAGGAACCAUGCAAGACAAAAUGCCCCAUACCAGUGGUGUCUGGUAAGAAUGUGAGGAGAUCUACCGUCGUGGUGGAAGUGUCUCCCAGAUGUACCUAAUCAAGCCCGACGCAUUCUCCCUUCCAUACAAGGUCUUCUGUGAUCAGUCCACCCAAAAUGGAGGAUGGCUUCUCAUCCAGAACAGGCUUGAUGGCAGUGUUGACUUUGGUCGACGCUGGGACGAAUAUCGACGUGGUUUUGGCAACAUUGCAUUCAAGGCUAGCAAGGGUCACUGUGAGAUUCCCGGUGAAUAUUGGCUGGGUAAUGACCGCAUUAGUCAGGUAACAAAGAUGGGCCCCACAGAGGUUCUCAUUGAGAUGCAGGACUGGACAGGAGCCAAGGUCCAUGCCCAGUAUCGCCAGUUCACCGUCCAAUCAGAGACGUCCAACUACGUGCUGGCGGUCAAUGGUUACUCCGGGAAUGCUGGCAACUCUUUUCUGGAAGGAUCCUUAGAACUCUUUGGUGAAAACCGCACCAUGACCAUUCACAACGGCAUGAUGUUCAGCACCUACGACAGAGACAAUGACAACUGGACUCCUGGUGAUCCCUCCAAACAGUGUGCCAGGGAGGACGGGGGCGGCUGGUGGUACAACCGCUGCCACUCAGCCAAUCUCAAUGGGCGAUACUACAUAGGUGGAGCCUACACAAAGAAAAUGACCAGGCAUGGCACAGACGAUGGUGUGGUGUGGAUGAACUGGAAGGGGAGCUGGUAUUCACUCAAGGCUAUCAGCAUGAAGAUUAGGCCUUUUUUCCCCUCCAAAUAACUGGAUAAAUGUCGGAGAGUGUCAACGCACAUAUAACACAUAGAGGAAACCGCCAAAAUAAAAGACACCAAUGUCUCCCAACAGGGUUUGGGGCCAAUGUGAGCCACCAGAAAAGCUUCAAAGCUCUUUGUGAUGGUUAAUUACUAUUGAAGUGUUUACUUUAUUUUAGCUGUAACCUUUAUGUAGAUUGGACAAACACAUUUACACACUGCUAACACUGAGUUAGUGUGAGCUGGGAAGGUGAAAAAGAACUGAAGAACCUAAAUCUGUUUCAAAAAUCCCAUUAAACUUAAUAUUGAGGAAUAAGAAAUUGUUUAAUGUCAGACAAACUUGUCAUUUCUACAGAUAGGAAAAACGUUUAAUGGUUAUGAGUGGAUGUGCUGUGAUCUGUCCUUUCUUGUUAUAUGAGACGUCUUCAGUGUGUGUACUACAAGGACGAGUUGUUGCCAACUGUCCUCAACUACUCAAUAAAGACAUUGAGGAACAUA